AAAAUGGUAACUUGUACAUGAAGUCUCGGCUUUCUAAUGGAUAAUCAUAAAACUCUACAGGAAUAUUUAUCUAGUUGCCAUUUUGUAGUUUAUAAAAUUGAUUUGGUGAGCUUUUUCCAACUAGUAGAUCAGUGUUGGCUAUUUAAAUCUUGUGGGUUGGCUCAUUUUUCUUCGGAUUUCUUGUUGAGUUUUACUUGGCUGGUUGAUAGAUACAAGAUUCGGGUGAUCAAGGUUCUACAUCAUUUAGAAUAAGCUAGUUGCUUCACAUUUAUUUGACUUGGAUGUGUAGCAAUGCGUCAUUAUUGUGGUGCCCAACUGCCCAAAUCAGAGGAUGGUGAAAAUGGGAAACUCGAGAAUGGGAAUUCUUUAAGAUUAAAUGAUGAAAGGCACAAUUGGCCUUGUAGAUUUUGUCGGGAGAAGCAAGAACGAGGACAUCUAAAGCAGGACAGUCGGAGUCCUGCAUUGCCAAUGAUCAGUCCCACUUCGUUGUCCAGCAGUGAUAGAUCUGUCUCAGGCAGCAGUGAUCUUUCAGUUGACAUAAAUUCGUAUGACCGGGGGAGUCAAGAGGCAGACAGAGCUCAGGAGGAUGUUAGUUGUGGGCUGAAUGGCCAACUGCAUAGAUCAAGUCUGGAAGCUCCAGUAACUGGAGUACACCAAUUGUAUAAAGUGACAGAAAACAGCUUGGAGAAAAGCCAUUAUAGCUGUGACAGGGACAUUGUCAGAGACAUAGAAAUAAUGGAAACUGCCGAUGGACAAGAAGCAAAAGAUAAUUCUUCUCAGAAUCUUGUUGAAUCCUUGAAUGAAGGAAAUCAAACUUCCUGUUCUGGUGAUGAUGAAAUCAAUGCCCAAGUUUGGGAGCCUCCUGAAGCAGAGGACGCAGAGGAUGAGUUGGAGAGUACUGUGGCUUGCAACGAUGAUGAAUUUGGUGAUGGCACAAAAUGGGGCAAGCCGAGUUCUUUGAGUUGCUGCAGGGAUGAAGGCACUGGGAGCUAUGGAUUCAAAGAUGAAAAACAAAAAGAGAUGGAGGAGGUUGCAAAUGGGAAAUUUAAGGUCAUUGUGAAUCAACUUCUUAAAACUGCAAGUGUUGCCAGUAUGGUGAAGGAUUGUGAAAGUUGGGUGGAUAUAGUUAGCGUUUUAUCUUGGGAAGCUGCUUCAUUUUUUAAGCCUGAUGCUAUUGAUGGGAAAGGAAUGGAUCCAGAUGGCAAUGUGAAAGUGAAAUGCAUUGCAACAGGCUCUCGUAAUGAAAGUCAAGUAGUCAAGGGCUUAGUCUUCAAAAAGCGUGCUGCUCACAAGCACAUGCCAACUAAUUACAGAAACCCAAGGUUGUUGCUGAUCCAGGGUGUGCUUGGUCAUUCUUCAAGUGGGUUAUCAUCAUUUAAAUCAAUGGAUCUGGAAAAGGAUAAUAUGAAAUCACUUAUGGACAUGAUAGAAAUAUGCCAUCCAAAUGUGAUUUUGGUAGAAAAGUCUGUCUCUCGUGAUGUCCAGGAGUACAUCCUUUCAAAAGGAAUCACAUUGGUUUAUGAUAUGCAGCUCCAUCGCCUAGAAAGAGUUGCUCGUUAUACUGGUUCACCAAUUUUAUCAUCUGAUACUUUGGCGGGACAAAAGUUAAAGCAGUGUGGCUCCUUUCAUGUUGAAAAAUUUCUGGAGGAACAUGCUGGGUUAGGUGAAGGAGGAAAGAAAUCUAGUAAAACAUUGGUGUUCGUUGAGGGCUGUCCUUCACGGCUGGGUUGCACAAUUUUGUUAAAAGGAAGUCAUAGUGAUGAAUUGAAGAGGAUCAAAUAUGUGGUGCAGAUUGCAGUAAUCAUGGCGUAUCAUUUGAUUCUUGAGACUUCUUUUCUUGUUGAUUGGAAAAUGAUGUUCUCAACUGUUAUAUUACCUGGAGCAAGGGAUCAAUACUCAUCUGCUUUAGGAACUGGAGAUUCUAGUGUUCCUUCUGUUGAGGAGUCUGUUGCCGAAAGUGGGCCAUCUACUGUUGAUAUUCCCAUUUCUAAUGGAUUCAAUGAAGAAGGUUCCCACAAUUUAAACAUGGGAUUAGAAGGAAAUUCCAUAUCUUAUGUACUAUACAAUUCUGUCAUUUUUUCUGGGUUCUCAUAUGUUUCAGCCUCUCUUAAGAAAGUUAUAGGGAACAGUUUCCCUCUUCCCUUCUCUGUGCCAUACCAGUCCCUGGCUAAUUACUUUUGUUUCAAUGGAAAAGAAGCUAAUGAUCGAAGCACAGAAGAGGUUCCAGUUUUGGAAACUUUGGAAGCUUCCAACCAUUGUGAUCUGGUAUCUAAGGAUGGUUCUGAUGAAGAGAAAUUACUUGAUGCUAGACCACCUCAGUCUUUGAGUUGCUCUAAACCUGUUGACAGAGGAAAUGAUGUUAACAAUAAUGUUCAAGUUCAGAAUAAGGAUGGUGUCAAUGCUGUGUUGGAUUCUCAGAGUAUUUUGGUUUUGGUUUCAAGCCGGAAUGCCUUAAGAGAGACUAUAUGUGACCAAAGCCGUUUUUAUCAUAUCAUGUUCUAUAGGAAUUUUGAUGUUCCUCUUGGAAAGUUUCUUCAGGAUAAUUUACUCAAUCAGGGAAGCCAGUGCACCACUUGUGGGGAAUUGCCAGAAGCUCACUUCUACUAUUAUGCACAUCACAAUAAGCAGCUUACAAUACGAGUUAAAUGGCUUCUGAAUCUUUUGCCUGGGGAAGCAGAAGGAAAAAUUUGGAUGUGGAGUCGCUGUGGUAAAUGUAAAUAUCAGAAUGGGGUCCGAAAAUGUACAAAAAGAAUCUUAGUGUCAACUGCUGCACAGUGUCUGUCUUUUGGAAAAUUCUUGGAGCUGAGCUUUUCUCAGCACUCUUCAUCUGGUAGAUUGUCUGGCUGUGGCCAUUCACUGGAGACGGACUUCCUCUACUUCUUUGGGUUAGGCCCUCUGGCAGCAAUGUUCAAAAACUCUCCAGUUACAACAUACACUGUGUCUCUGCCACCUCAGAAGCUGGAGUUCAGCCAUAGAUAUGAUGGGCUCAAGCGAGAAUUUGAAAAUGUGCAUUUAAAGGGGAGGUCACUUUUCAGUGGGAUUAAAGACAUUUUGAAUGAGUUGAGAUCUCAGUUUGAAGGCUCUAAUCUGAACCUUCGAGGGUCAUUAAAAGAAUUCUCUGAUAUUGAAGACAUGUUGAAGCAGGAAAGUUCUGAGUUUGAGGCAAGCAUUAACUAUGCUGGAAAUAAAGACAUGGCUGAUUACAAGUUUCUUAGCUUAAACCGUUUGUUAUGGGAACUUCUUCUUGAAUCAUGCAUUUGGGAACGGCGGCUGCAUUCACUGCUCUUACCUGAUCAUUCUUUGUUUUGCACUGGUGUUAUUGAGAAAGCAGUUAACAAUCAUGUGAAAUCAAAGAUGAGUGGCACCACUAAUGGAAGAAAUGAAGGGACUAAAACUGUUUUGGAAAACAGUAGUGGCUAUUUGAAAGAUAUUUUGAGUAAAUCCAUUGAAGCAAAUGAAUUUUUAAUAGAAGGAAUUGCAGUUGAUGGUGCUGUCCAAGAAUCUAGAGUACGAGAUCAUCUUGUAAGAUCAUCUCUCGCUGAAGAUGUUGAAAGGUCAAGCAUGGAUGGUUUAAGCAUGAACAGAUCGCCCAGCCCUGAGUCAUUUGUGAAAGUGAAACCUAACAGUUCUCAUUCAGGUGAUAGUAGUUGUCAAGUGGAUAACAUAGCUUUCUCUGGGGAUUUAGAAGUGGAAAGGACCAUUCCAAUUGCCUCAGACAUAGGAAACAGUGACUUUGUUGUUGAUUCAGGUGCAUCUAGAAAGGUUACACCCCUGCAUUCAGUAGUAUCCAGUUUAGAAAACUCUCGUGGAUGGUUCUGGAUGCCAUUUUCUGAGAUCCGUCAGAUUUACAUGGAGGAUCUUGAGAGAGGUUUCAUGCCCAAAUUUCAGUCAAUCAGUAGCUAUAUACAGGAACGCAUAUCUGCUGCCUUUCAACUAAUCAGUGAGGAAGGACCAAGGCUGCACAUCCCUCUCGGAACUGAUAAUUAUAUUGUGAGAGACUAUGAUGGUGAACUCUCUAGUAUAAUUGCUUGUGCUCUAGCAGUUUUGAAAGAUAUACCUGUUACAUGGGAGUUUUUUAAUGAUGACAGUCGGAAAGAGGGUUGCACAUCAGCUAAUUCAACUGAUAGUUUACAUAUCCUGAAUGGAAUUCCCACUAAAGUUUCCUCACGUUGGUCUUCGAAUGGUUGUUCUGAUUCAGAUUCAUUCCAUUCUACUUUAGGUGUUUCUCCAGAAGAGUCAUGCUUCUCCAGCUUUGAUGGAUUCAAUUUGUUGGAGUCUCUGAUUCCUCCUGAGAAUGUUAGCCCUGAAGUCUCUCUUGGGGUUACAAAAUCACUCGGAAAGGGUAAAUAUUCAGUAAUUUGUUUAUAUGCAAAGCUGUUCCGCGAUCUUCGGAGUCGGUGCUGCCCAUCUGAGUUAGAUUAUAUUGCUUCUCUUAGCCGUAGUAGGAAGUGGGAUGCUAAAGGUGGAAAGAGCAAAUCCCUUUUUGCUAAAACACUUGAUGAGAGGUUCAUUAUAAAGGAAAUCAAGAAGACAGAAUUUGAGUCAUUUGUUAAGUUUGCUCCUCAUUAUUUCAAGUACAUGAAUGAGUCAUUUGAGUUUCAGAACCAAACUUGUCUAGCUAAAGCGCUUGGGAUUUAUCAGGUGAUCAUUAGACAGGCAAAAAGUGGGAAAGAGAUGAGGCAUGAUCUGAUGGUUAUGGAGAAUCUUUCCUUUGGUCGAAAUAUUACUCGUCAGUAUGAUCUUAAAGGUGCUCUACAUGCUCGAUACAAUUCAGCUGGUGAUGGUGCAGGAGAUGUUCUAUUAGAUCAAAACUUUGUCAAUGAUAUGAAUUCCUCUCCGCUAUAUGUUAGUAGUAAAGCAAAACGUCUCCUGGAACGUGCUGUUUGGAAUGAUACGACAUUCCUUAAUUCAAUCAAUGUAAUGGAUUAUUCUUUACUUGUUGGGGUAGACACUGAGCAAGGAGAACUUGUAUGUGGAAUAAUUGAUUAUCUAAGGCAGUAUACCUGGGACAAGCAACUGGAAACGUGGGUCAAGUCUUCCCUUGUUCCUAAGAAUGUUUUGCCUACCGUCAUUUCCCCAAAAGAGUACAAGAAGAGGUUCAGAAAGUUUAUGUCAACACAUUUCUUGACUGUCCCCGAUAAUUGGUGCUUGAAGAGAUCCUCUGACCCUCGUCAACUUUGUAGCAUCAGAGACGAUGGUUCUCAAUCAAAGUCUGAAAAACAAGGAGUAUUUAAUGGGUUUUCUCACUAGUUAAAUGUUCAUAUUGCUCAUGAUAUUUACUGUAAAUGGACAGAAUUCUGUCACUGUUGUAUAGUCAGCCCCCGUCAUUUAGCGAUUUUUAGCAAAUUUACGGGGAUAGUUUUUUACUUACAGGUCUGCCUUUGAUCAGCCUGAAAUGCUUGUGAAUUCUGUAAAUUACAUUUAGAAAGCAUAGAGAGCCGUGAACUGGCUAUUUCGAAUCAAUGAAAAUAUUCAGCUAUCUAUGGUA